AUGCACUAUUGUAUAAGGAUGCUCUAAUUUUUAAUUAUAGUUAUCAAUGGUAAGUCCUAUAGGUAUAGGCCAGGCUUCUUUUCCUAAGUAGACUUUGUCUUGCUCCCCUUUCCCCCAAGAGGCAAUGAAAUAUGUAGUUGAAUUUCAUUUUGAAAAAAACCAGAAAAGAUGUUAUGAUUCCCAGUACUUUGAGACAUUCAGAUAGGUAGGUUAGUUAUUAAGAUAAUCUAGCAUAGAGCCAGGUAAGCCCAUGAUAGAUCUUUAGACUUAGGUUGAUUCCUGUUUUGCUCUCAUUGCUUUGAGAGGGGUAGUCAUGGCCCAAAGUAGGACUUUUCAUUUAUUAUACUUGAAAUCAUUUUUCUGUUGUAGGGAACUAAUGUUUUAUAGUGUUACAAAUAAAAAGAACUGUGACUUCUUUUCUUUUCUCUUUAUUUUAUUGAACAGACACCAAGCUGGCUGGUUUCCUUUUAGGCAAGAAGGAGGUCAGCAACAGGCUGCUAACAAUAAUGCCGAAGUUAACAAUGAUGGGCAAAAUGCAAACAACCUAGAACUUGAAGAAAUGGAGCGUCUUAUGGAUGACGGGCUUGAAGACGAGAGUGGAGAGGAUGCAGGUGGAGACGCCAGUGCUGUUCAGAGGCCCGGGUUGAUGGCGUCAGCGUGGUCUUUUAUCACCACCUUCUUUACUUCGCUGAUCCCAGAGGGGCCUCCCCAGGUUGCCAAUUAGACCUGAAAAACUGUGCCAGCUCCGAAGGAACGUCUGACUUCAGGAAAGUGUUUUAAAUAACAGUGCAAUUUCAAAAAAAAUUUAUUACUUUCUUUUCAUCAUCAUGUACAGAGGUGUUUUUUCCCUUAAGCUUUUCAUGCAUAUGAAUAUUUUAAGCACAAAUGGACUACUAAA